UGGGCUCUGGCAUUUUGUGUCUGCAGCAGCUGCCCAGACCCGGUUUUGUCUUCCCUGCUGGGAAGAAGCCAGAAGCUCCUCGGUCUCUUCCCCGGGAAGCAAACCCGGCUGCAGAUCCACCCUGCGGGCUUGUCCUCCUGCAGCCCGACGCUCACAGCCCUGGACGGACCGGAGGCCCCCCGGUGAGGUAAUACAGCAUCUCUUCCCAGCUGGCCACCUGUCACUCUUUAAAUCUUGCAACAACAGAGACAUCACAGAUCUGCCAAGAAAAUCAUUUGACACCUCGGGACGCCUCUGAUUCUCCCAUGGACAAAAGGAGCGCGGAUUUGGUGCCACAGAGGCUGCGGGACGAGCAGGCAGGGAAGGAAUGCCAGGCUGGUGCUGGUUUGCAAGGGGAUGAGGACGACCUUCUUCUGAGUGAAGACAUGGAGCAAAAAGAUGCAGAUCUCUCAGCUGACGAAAGGCGAUUUUUGGAAGAGUUUCCCAUCUUGAAAGAGAAGCUAGAGGAGGACAUCAGAAAGUUCCGUGCCCGUGCGGACGACAUCGAGAAAAAGCAGAAAAUACUCACGGAGGCCAGCCUGGUGACCAACUCCGUCUCUGCUGUCUCAGGAGCCGUGAGCCUCCUGGGUUUAGCUCUCACUCCAGCAACGGGAGGAGGAAGCCUGGUGCUCCUGGGCUGUGUGGAGACUUUGGGGAGCAUAGCUGGGGCCACCAACAUCGUGACCAACUUGGCGAAAGAAGUCCAAAAUGCCCAAGCUGAGGCCGGCAGCCCAGAGCCCACCGAUGGCCAAAGGUCCCAGGAGACUGAGGGAAAAGGCAGACUCUAUUAUGUCAUUACUGCCGGAAAGCUUGCCUAUGCUGUCUAUGCUAGUAUAAACAACAUCAAGGAUGUUAAAGAGAAGAUCCGUGCCUCUAAGACUGCCAGCGCCCACCCACUGCAGGCUGCUGGUGCCGAGGGUAUCAAGACCACUAGCCAAGUCACGGUCGAAAGCGGCAGGAAGCUGCCAAAGGCCUUCGAGCGUAUAAAGCUGCUGAUGACCAGACAUCCCCGCUUGCUAAAUGGUACGAUGACUGGCAUCUCUCUCUACACCUGCGUGGCCGCCCUCCUGAAGGACUGGAAGGAGCUGAAGGAGGGAGCAAAAUCCAAGUCUGCAGAAAAGCUGAAGGCCAAGGCUGGGGAGCUGGAAAAGGAGCUGCUGGACCUCUCCCAGCGCUAUGAGAGGCUGCAGCAGAAGAAACUCUUGCAAGAAAAAAGGCUUCUGAGCUCAUCUUCAGAGGGAGCCGUGGGGACUCUGCCGCAGCCCUCAGGACGGGCGUCAGGAAGCUGGAUCCAGAAGCGGGGAGAGGAUGACGCGACUGAGCCCAGGGACCUUGGGGCAGAAUAAAGGGGCAGGUUGGCACACAAAGGAUGGCACUGGAACCUGCCCCACCAGAUUCCAUCCAGAAGGCGAGAGGCCCACAGCCCUCUGUUCUCCCCAGGACCCAUGAUCCUGGCGCGCCUCAGGACAUCGGGCCUGCAGGAAGUCUCCUGACAUUAUAGAGACCGUUUCUUAUGUUGCCAAAUAUUCUCUUGAUUAUAUGUACAAUCUUUUAAUUAGACGUAUAUUAGUCAUCGCUCUUUCUGUUUUAAGUGGCCAAAAGCAACUCUAACUGGCUGAGGCAAAGAAAGGAAUUUAUUGUCUCAUGUGCUUAAGAAGCAUAGAGGUGCAGUGGGCUUCAGGUGUGUCUGGAUCCAGAGGAUAAAAAUGAUGCCGUAGAGUGUCUGUGUUUCACGUCUCAGACAGGUUUCAGCCACAUGCAGGCAAGAUGGCCGGAGCAUCCCCAGGAGUGCUCCCUCCCGCUGGGGGCUCCCAAGUGGAAAAGGGCCAAGGACCACUCUGAUCGGUCAGGACUGGGUCACGUGUCUUUGCCUGCACCAUUGCUGGGAUGCGCUAUGGGAAUUAUAUGGUGUGUGACUGGAGACAGGAGCUUGAGGAAGAAAAAGCAACAAAUGGUAUGCUAGUUGCCCCUCCUCUUUCAGCAACAUUUAGAUGAUUUCAAAUUUCUUGUUACACAUCGUGGGAAAAUGAAGAUCUGCGUGCCAAAAGCUUGUUGCAUUAUUGUUAGGAUUGUUUUCUUACAAUAGAGUCCCUGAACUGGGAUACCUAAGAUCAGAAAGGAUGCUGUGAAGGGAAAGAAGGAGUUCCCCACCCGCCCCACAUUACAAUAGUGAAAUAUAUCCUAGGAAAUUUGGGGAAGAUUUAAAAAGUAGAAGGGAGAGAGAACCUCUGUCAACAUUUUGGACUAUAGCCUGCCAGUCUUUAUUUUAUAAAUCUUAUGACCUAGGGGUUUUAAAUAGUUGUAACCCCACGCCUAGGCCACUGUGUUUUCUGCAUUUGUAGGACUCCUUUCCUUAUUAUAAGUUUUUCAGGAGCAAAAGGGAAGUAAAUAGCUUUCUCCACAUUCACUAUUGUUCUUUUAGCGUAUGAGUGUCCUUAAAGUUUGGAAUAAACAUUAUCAAUAAA